CAAUUCUUGAUUUCAUCUUUUUUUACACAAAAUCACUUUCAACCUCAAUGAGUCCCUCCCUCGCUACGGAGACCACCAGAUACAAUGACUGCUCACCGUCAAGUGCGAGCGAAGAUGAAGAUGACGCGCCUGACCCGCUGAAUCACCAUGGAAUCGAUUUCAGUAUACGAGAUACCAUGAAGCGAGCGCUUCGAGCAUCAUCGCGUUUAGGAGAUGGCGUUCGAUAUCAACAGCUUGGAAUUUCGAAUUCAAAUGAUUUGGAGACUCAGUCACCGCCUCUUGACCGUACUCAGUUCGACUUUAGCAGCCACCAUGAAGGAGUCUCAUUUUUCGGUCAAAUUCGAUCAACGGUCGUUGCGUCGAAACUCAAUUGGCUCCUGGUUUUUGUACCGAUUGGAUUGGCGGCGCAUUCGUUUCAGAUCAACCCUCUUGCGAUUUUCAUGACGAAUGCGAUUGCUAUUGUGCCGCUUUCUGUUAUGUUGACGGAGGCGACGGAGCGUAUUGCUGCUGAUGCGGGAGAUACUAUCGGUGCGCUAUUGAACAUUACACUUGGAAACCUUGUUGAGUUGAUUAUCCUGUGGGUGGUUGCGCUGGUGAAUAACCACAUUCGCAUCGUUCAAGCAUCGAUUUUAGGCAGUGUUCUCGUGAACCUACUUCUCAUCUUGGGCUCUGCGCUUUUUGCAAGCAGUAUGUCCAAUAUCGACCCUCACAGCAGCAUGGAAGAGUCUGAGCUCCUGGCCGCUCUCCUCUUCGUCUCAGUCUUUGUCAUUCUCAUCCCGACCGCAUUUGACUACACUUUCCAUAUGAAGGGAAAGAAGAGCGAAGCCGCAUUGAGCAUGAGCCGCGCUUCAUCUCUUGUAGUCCUCGUCAUCUACAUCGUGUAUUUCGCGUAUGAGAUGAGACCCAAGCAUGUCGAAGCACCAGCAAUUCCGUUACAACCACUGCACACAGAGCAUCACCAACACCGACGAAAUCAGGGUUCAACAUCUCAUAGUGCAAGACUUAUUCGGUUUGCAGACCAGGAAGUUCCAACCCGUGCGCGGAGCACGACGCUUGAUACGAUGAGCGUAGCGGAAGCUGAGGAGGAGCGUGGGAAGAGGGAGACGUCUCGUGCUAGUUUGUCUCAUCGAUCGAGAGGGAACUCACGAUCUCACUCGCGUUCUGGCUCGAGGACUGAGUUUCAUGGUUCAGAGAUGCGGGACCUUUCGGUUGGGAGUGCUCAGUCGAGAACUAUCAUGGAACGACCGGAAGUACCGGGUCAUCCGUCGCAUCCUUCUAGCACGAGCGGUACAGUAGCUGCUGUUACAGUUCUGUUUGUUUCGUCGGCCCUCAUGUCGAUGAACGCCGAGUUUCUCGUCAAGACGAUUGACGAUGUUACUCACGAAGGUGGUCUAUCAGAAGCCCUGAUCGGUCUUAUCAUUCUGCCGGUGGUUGGAAACAUCGCGGAGUACGUGACCGUCGUCACUGUCGCCAUGAGAAACAAGCUCGAGCUUGCUAUUUCCGUCGCCGUCGGAUCAGCGAUUCAAAUCGCACUUUGCGUCGCGCCAUUGACGGUCUUGAUAGCCUGGAUGCUUGGUCGGGAUCUUGAGAUGGCGUUCAACGUCUUCGAAACCACGACAUUGGUUGGGUCGGGUUUGUUGAUCAACCUAUUGAUUCUUAGUCGUGCGGGCACUGCCAUCAGGGCUAUUGGCUUGAAAGGAGCUCUGAUGUUUGCCUGCUAUGUCAUCAUCGCUCUUGGUGCGUACUAUGAGCCGCAUGGCAAGACCAAAUAAAAGAAGAGGUGGAGAAAGGGACAUACGAUUAUGAUAAUAUCAAGACUUAGAUUCAUUGGGAAUAUAAUUUUACUUCAAUUUUCAA